GCAGUGGCGGGCAGCUGCCGCGGCGGAGCUGUCGGUGGGCGCAGUGGUGCGCUACCGGCUGCAGCUCGCGGCCGGCUGGGGGCAGGGCCCAGGGGCGUCACCCUGGCGCACCGCGGCGGUGGCCAAGGUGCUGCCGCUGGAGCCUGGGGCCCCCUCGGUGGUGCUGCGACACCGCAGCGGGGCGCUGGACUACGUGGGCAUCGCCGCCCUCUCUCUCAGGUGGAGUGCUCGCGGCUGCUGGCUCUUGAG